UAGAAGUGUAGAAAUAAUUUGAGUCGUAGAACUGUAUUUGACUCGAGAAGGAAACGACGUCGUUGGUCUUUUCCAACUCAACAACAAAAAACCCACCAUUUCAAAACCCCGGAUUCCGUGGACAAUGGAGUCAAACGGCGGCGCCGGUGUAGUUCCGGCACCAGCAGCAAUCGUAGCUUUAUUUGCGCCGACCGUGGUUUCGCUUCUUGUCUGCUGCGCCUUUAUUCUUCCUAUAAAGAGGUGGAACAUGUCAUACUUGCUUAGUGCCUAUGGCAUCCAUCUACACCAUCCUUUGAGUAUUCAAUUUUUUACAGCUCACAUGAACCAUUUGUUGGAGUACUACAUGCAACAAAAUUCGUGCUUGCUGAAAGCUUCCAUGGUUGUAGGUUUUCAGCUUGGAUACACUGUGAUAUUUGGGUCAUAUGCAUCAUUUUCCUUUGUCCGCACUGGACACAUAGCAGCACCACUUGGUGUUGACUUGAACCAUUGUCUAACAGCUGCUGAGUUUAAAUGUCAUGAUGAAUUUAAUUACUUUAGCGCUACUGGUAACUGUUAGUUCUGGUUACGACAUAAGGCUAUGCACAAUGGAUCAGCGGGAAUAGUUUUGAUUUUUGAAGUGUACUGGUGGGUGCUUAGUAGGGCAAGUCGUAAGUUCGUUGCUGCAAUCAAAGAAGAUGAUAUGCAUUUGAUAAUGGGAAAUCCGAUAUUGAUCAGCUGCAAGUGUAAAUUUGGAACUUAAACUGAAAGUUUGCAUUGGUACAAGAAAAGGGAAACCGGAAGGUGGAUAUUGGUCACUGAAAAUUUAGGGUCAACAAUCAGAAAGUCAAAGGUAUAAAAAGUCAAUGCUUGACAUAUAGUCAAAAUUGUCAAAAAAUCAGUCAGUUAUGCUCAGAUGGCUAAAGAUUGGAUGCUGGUCAACGGUGGUCAAAAUUCAGAAAGUCAAAGUUGAUUUUAGUAAAAGAUGGGGACAACUGUACAAACUGUUCAGGAGUUAAAAAAGGAUAAUGUCAAUGUCAAGACAAUUGACCGUACCAAAUGCGCGAGGCUGCAGGUAACUAACAAAUGAUCAGUUGCUUCAUUUCAUAAAGCACACAUGGCCGAUGGCAAUGCAUCCCUUGUCGGGAUCCAAUUGAGGCGUUUCCUAACAUGUUUGUGUCAUGUUGGUAAUUACACUUGAUCAAUAAUUAUCUUGACUAGGUCCUGUCAGGUUAAGUGAUUGUUAGAUAAUUCAAUUUCCCGCUAAUAAACUGUUAGAUAACAAUUUGUAUAGGGACUGUUGUCUCAAUAGUUGAAAGUGUAUGAGGGGUACUUGUAUAAAUAUGUCUAGUUAUAGUUGUCAUAUGUAUAUGUGAUGAAAACAGGCUAGCAGGAGCGACUCUUAUAGCUCCAGUAGUUAACUAUUGGUGGCCCGGCUUGCCAUCAAACUUAUCUCAACAAGCAUUUUCAAAGCAGUUUCUUCGAGAUCAAUGGAGUCUACAGGUCGCUCACCAUUCUCCAUCAUUGACGUACUGGUGGAACACGCAAAAAUGGUUUCCAAGUUUAACCGUUAUUGGUCACAGCCCUGAUAUUCUAUCCUCGCCAAGAUAGAGAACUCAAGCCGAUAUUUACAGCUGGCAGAGCAGGUGUUGAGGAACAAGUAAGACAACAAGGAGAAUAUGAAUCUCUCCACCGUGACUUAAAUAUUGGAUUCGGUACAUGGGAAUUUGAUCCAACAGAAAUUGAGAACCCGUUUCCAGAAAACGAAGGGUCUGUUCAUAUAUGGCAGGGUGAUGAUAUUCUUGUGCCCAUGACACUGCAACGGUAUAUAGCCCAACAACUUCCAUGGAUAAAGUAUCACGAGCUCACGGGUAGGGUCACAUGUUCCCUUACGCGGAAGAGAACAGUGAUGCAAUCCUAAAAGCACUUCUUCUUGGCCAAAGUUAGUUUAUAAUAUUGUUUUUGGAUUUGAUUUCUAGCUUCCUAUUGUCUUAAGCAAACCAUUGUUAAGAUAAUACAAUAGAACUGUUAUAUUUAGCAUUAUCCUUUAGGGUUUGAAAUUAAUAGUUAAAACAUAUGGUAAUGCAUUCAUGUUA